GACUCUGAUCGAAUCGAUUGGGUCGAAAUAGACGGACUAUUUGUUUGUCGAAGUAAGCGGAUCGUCGUUUUGAAGUUGUUUAUUGUUUGAACAAAGAUUUGAUACAAUUGACAAAAAUAUCAAAAUCGCGAUUCAAACAGAAUGGUUGUUGCCGAACGUAAUAACAGUGAAUCGAUAUCAUCCUAUAGUGGAUCGAACUCCAACACAAAUCGUCGUACACGAACAUUGAACCAGGCUAAUGUUUCGAAUACAAUGAGCAGUGGUGCCAGUGGUGGUGGUACCAGUUGUUCCAGCGAUAUCAAUAGCGAUUCGGAUUCCGAACAAAGUGUUCGGGUUGGUCAUGAAUAUCAGGCUGAAAUUUCCGAUUCAUUCCAAUCGAAACCAGCAUCGAGAGAUUAUGCUGAGAAAGCUGUAUUGGUUUGGACGCCUUAUCAUAAUCUGGAUGAAGAUGACUUAUCGGAUUAUGUGAAAUUGGCAAAUGACAAAUACAAAUACAACGAGGAACAGGCACUUGGAAUAUUGUUUUGGCAUGACUUCGAUAUGCAGUGUGCAUUGGCCGAUCUGCCCAACUAUGCACCAUAUCCGGAUGAAUGGACAAUGGAAGAUCGUGCAUUGUUCGAUCAGGCAUAUCAAUUUCAUAAUAAAAGUUUCCAUAAGAUUAAUCAAUUGUUGCCGGAUAAAAAGUUAUCCAGCAUCAUCAAACAUUACUAUACCACCAAAAAGAACAAAAAUCGUAAUAGCUAUGUGGAUAAACAGGUGCGAAAAAGUAAUUCCCAAUCCAAAGAUGAAAGUCCAGACGAUAGUUCGACAAUGGAUUAUGGCGGCAGUGAAGAACAUUCAUCAAACAAUCAUAUGACCAUGAUGGCAUCAACAUCCAAAGAUCAACAACAACAGCCGCAACAAGCAUUGAUUGAUCGGAAAGAAUGUUGUCAAUGCAUGAACAAAAAUGCCCAACAAUAUUAUAAUACCAAGUAUGGAUUACUCUGCAAGAUAUGCUACACUAAACGCAAAAGUAACCAUUGCAAAUCGAAUGAUGCGAAUUCGAUGAAUAAUGAAAUUUCCAAAUUCGGAAAACUGUUCAACUCGAUGAACAUGGACGAAAUGAUGUUGAAGGAAAUUGUGAAAGAACGGUUGACCGGAUCAUCAUGCAAAGUUCUUGAAUCAUAUGAUAAAGAGAUCGAAACGUUGAUGGAAAAAAUCUGUCACCUAAAACAGGAAAAUGAGGCGAAAAAAUCAGCCUUAGGGGAAUUGCCCGAUUUAUCAUUGCUGAAUAAUAACAAUAAUCGUAUCAUUUCUCGGUGGACCAACGAUGAAAUACUUUUGAUGACACAGGCCAUUCGGGAUCAUGGAAAAGAUUUCAAAGUUAUCGCCGAUAUAAUCGGGACCAAAAGUGAAGUGCAGAUUAAGAAUUAUUUCCUUCAGAAUCAGGAUAAAAUGAAAUUCGACACAUUGAUUGCCGAGCUGAAUGAAGAAAACGAUAUGCAUGAUGCCAAUAUCUACGUUAUCGAUGAUAAUAAUGCCAUCAAUGGUGACAACAGCAAAAAUGCAAAAUUAUCCAAAUAAUCCAAUUUUUUCCGGUAACAUUAGUAAUGAAUCUUACCUCAUAGACAAGUAUUAUAAACAGAAA